GCCCACUUCGCGUUUAGACCAAUCGCAAAGCAGCCGUCCCCUGGAAGAGGGACGACGCUCCAGGAGGCGGGAUGUCCUGGUCUGGCCUUCUCCGUGGCCUCAACACGACCCUUAGUUGUGCCCUACCCCUGGCUCCCCAGCUCUGGGCCACCCGCUCCAUGGCUACCCUGAACCAGAUGCAUCGCCUGGGGCGUCCAAAGCGGCCACCUCGGAGUCUGGGCCCCACAGAGGGCCGGCCGCAGCUGAAGGGCGUGGUUCUGCGCACGUUCAUCCGCAAGCCCAAGAAGCCCAACUCGGCCAACCGCAAGUGCUGCCGCGUGCGGCUCAGCACAGGCCGCGAGGUCGUCUGCUUCAUCCCCGGCGAGGGCCACACCCUGCAGGAGCACCAUGUUGUCCUCGUGCAGGGUGGCCGCACCCAGGACCUGCCGGGUGUCAAGCUCACUGUUGUGCGUGGCAAGUACGACUGUGGCCACGUGCAGAAGAGGAAGUGACUGCCGGGGGCACAGUGGCUGGGGCAGCCCCGCAGGACAAGAACCUCUCUCUCCGGGCUCCAGCAGGGUUCUUGGAAGCUGGCUCUCUUGGCUCUAGAGGCAGCCACCCCUGGGUCCAAAUCCUGGCUCUGCCUCCUCCGUCAGGGCCACCAUUAGCCCAUAGGAGUCCUGGGGGUGAAAAACGCACCCUUCUGUCAACACCCUUGGCUUCUGUGUUUAGAGUGUUGGCAUGAGGGAUCUUUUCUGCUGGGACAAGAGGCUGUACUGUCAUCUGCUGGGAAGGGGUUGUAAUAAACACAGAUCC